ACACAAGCAGAACAAGGAGCGAGGCAGAGGCCUGUCGUUAGGAGUGCAAAGAGCUGAGCCCAGCCCUGGCUCUGCCUCACCGGAUCCGGCCCCGAGGAGGCCCUGGCCCUGCUGGGAGCGACAUGCUGCAGGGCAUGCCCAGCUCCGGGAACUGAGAGAGAAGGAAAACGCACACCAAAAUACCUCCCGAAAAAUCCACCCAGAGGGUCUUAACUAACACUCGGUUAUCCAAUACGGAGCACAGGGCCAAAUCCUCCAACAAAUGAAAGGCCCCAAAGGUUGUCCCGUGCUGAACGCAGAGCUGGGAUAUCAGGGGGGAGUCGCCCAGUGUGAGAGCACACAAAUUAUUCCCAUUAGGGGCUGUGCGUACCACAUGGCAGGGCAGCGAUGGGGGAAUAGAGCACAACACGCAACUUGAAAGAAAAAAAUGUUCCAGUGCUGCGCUGUAUGGGAAAAAUAAUUCAAAAGCAUCAAAGUUUUGGCUCGGAGACACAGUUUCCACUCAAGCAUGUGACUGGUGCGUCUUCCCUUGCUUUGGGAAGAAGGGGGAAAAAAGAAAAACGCUGAAGAAAAAAUUUCUGCAAUGCAUAUUUUGUGUGGCGAUAAAGCCCCGCAGAUCUGCCCAGCCCGGAAUCAGCAGAACAGCCCCAUUCCUGGGGGAAGGCAGCGCUCGCACGUGAUCCUAAUCUACAACAUCUGCAAGGACCGAGGGAAAGACGCCUCGAGAUAUCGCCCGCGUUCUGAGAGAAAACCCUUCCGCUCCUGCCCAGCCCCGUACCGAGCCCGCGUCCGUCACCUCGGAGCGGGCCGCGCUGUGGCACGCACGCGAGGACGGGCACCGUCGGAGCGCGUGAGGGAAAAGGGCAGAAACAGAGUUAGCAGCCCCUCGGCCGCGAACUCCGGGCUCAGCCGGAGCCCCUCCGGCUCCGCGAGGGGGUGCCGAGCGCGGGGCAUGUGCCGGAGGAGGGAGCGGAGGGGCCGCGUCGGGCGGCUGUCAGAAGGAGCGCCGGAUCCUGCUCCCGGACACGGAGGUGUCCGCGCUCGGCGCGGCCCGCAGAGGGCACCCGAGAGAUGCGUUCGGAGGCGGCCAGGAACCGCGGCGUCAUUUCUGGGCUUUUUCAAUGGAAAACUACAGUUUUGCCCAGCAGAGUGCCUUUUUGUGGAAAUGCUGACAUUUCAUCGGAAUAAGAAGGGAAAGAAUGAGGUGCUUCGGUUUGGGUUGAUCUGAGAAGAGACGUUCUGGUUUGUGGAACCAAAAGCCUAAACAUUCUGUCAGUUUGAUAUUAACCUGCUUAUCAGUGGCACAGCAUAUCACAGACGAUGCAUCUAGUUACACAGACAAGGCCAUGUGUGUAGGGAGUCAGAAACAUAAACAUCCCAGCAGAAGUAAUCUCUUCAAAGGACCCAGUCCAUGGCAAGAAUGAUGGGAUAAGUCACUGAUAUUUCCGCUUCCAGCAGGCAUUGCGCUACUGCUAGCAGAUCGCAUUACACUGACACUUUGAAUGCACUUUCUUCGUAUGUUUGAAGCAACAUUUUUUUAAGGACUUUUUCUUUUCAUCUUAAGUUUGGGACAAAACCAUACACUAAAAUAUUUUUAUUUCCAAUCAAAUGGAAAUGAUGACACUUGUUGUCAACUACAGAAACUACCGGUAAGUAGGAAGAGAACAAACACCUCUUACUGGCUGACAACGGCCAAGUUUCAUUUACCAACCAACUGCUGCUGAGGUCAAAGCGUACACACAUUUCCACACAGACAGGACCUGAUGGGGACAUAUUAUCUUAGAAUUGAUCGCAUGAAAUUACUUUUUAAAAAUACAAGACUUUUUUCUAAAGGACAAUAACAGACUGGAUGGCAAGGGCCUCUUUCACAUGGACUACUAUUCCUUCCCUUAACAUUUAAGCUUCCAGAUGACAAAAAACACUUAGAAAUUGUGUCUUGUGCAUACAGGCACAGAGAGACUCAGCAAACAUGAACUUAGGAAAAGAUUCAUUUCUCAUAUCUUACUCACAUAAACAUAUUCACAUAAAUUUACACCCUCAGUGACUUUCUUCUGUGCCACAUCACAGGAAUCCACAUACCAAUCUCUCAUUUUUUUUUGUUUCAGACAUGAUGCUGUGAAAUACUUUCAAGUGUCUCAGAAGGUUUUCAAAAUCGCUAUUUUUACAUCCAGUUGUUAAAUUCGUCAUCUGUAGACAACAGCUAUUAAAUACAAUUCAGUCAUUUGGCUACCUACUGAAUGACACAGAAGAUGGAGAAAGCAAGAUUUGCUCCUUGUUCUAUGGUUUUUCUAUGCUGUCCUAUAUAGCAGAAAUCAGCUUUUCAUCAACACUUUUCCUCCUUAAUGGGAAACACUGAGUUCCUUCUCUCUCCUCCUUCACUCCACCAUGUUCUCAGUGGAUCUGUGUCACAGUGACCUUAAACCAAGCUAAGAACAACUGCAAAAAAUGUUCCCUCAAGUACAGAGAAACUGGUUUGCACCAAGUACACAGAUAUUCUAUAUGUGAGUGUUGAGUACAAUGGCUCUGCAUCGUUCUCAUAAUGGUUUAAAUCUUAGCUUAACCAGUGUUUAAAGAGUUGCUUUCUUUUAAGCUUAGAGUGUGUGCCAAUCUUCAUACACACACCGGCACACGUCUAACUCUUUGUUGAGUGCCUCAGUGUAAGAAUCCAUUGUUUUUUGUCUAUUUGUUUUUGUUCCCUCAAAUGGUCAUUUGCCAAGUUCAAGGUAGUAAGUUAUGGGCUUUCUGUGGAAAUUUUUCUUCAGCACUCCAUAAGACAACAAAUUUUGCUGUACUUAACAACUAUAUACACUUGAUACAGUACAUUGAAUUUCAGGUGCUGUGCUCAAGGACAUCUGUUGAGAGUAAAGCACUUACCUUUCCUUCACCUUAUUAUCCAGCAAAAAGAAAGUCUGGCUAUUGUAAAUGGUAAGUAUCUAAAAGAAGGUAGAAUUGGAUCACUUGUUUACAUGUUUUCUAGUGAUAUAAAACACUGACAAGGACUCCAGAAGCCCAUGUAGAUUGAUAUAUGUCUAAAUCUAAGAGCAUGGGCUUGCAGUGAUAAAGACAUACUUGACUCAGAAUUUACAUCACUUUUGUAAAACUUCAUUCUAACAGUACUGUUUUUCCAGGGUAACUUAAUGCUAAAUUUUCACAUUUUUGUUGGAAGAAAACCUUCACUGAGCAUUUGGUAAAACCCUUUGUCUUCAGAUUCCCGUGCUACAGUCGUCCUCAAAGAUUUGAAGCUACGCAGCUGUAAUCUCCCAUUGAACACCUCACAUAGUUUUAGAGUGAAAGCAUUCUGUCACUGGAAUGCACUUGUUUCCUUCUGCUAUUGUCUUUGUUUUACUGGUGUUACGGCCAACUAUUCAACAGUGCUCGUAUUACUGACUGUUAUGCAAUAAUGGCAAAAGAGUCAUCUAGGUGUUUCUUUUAAAACCUUGAAGAGGGAAAUUCUGAGUAGAACAGAGAUUCAAAUUGUGUAAAGAGAAAAAAGCAUGCAAAGUGCCUUACCACUGAGAUUUCUGCUUUUUUGCCUGGGACAAGGAUGUUCAUCAUGGGGUGAUGAAUCAUCUUCCUAAGUCAUUCACAAAAUAGACACCUCUUAAACUCCUCCUUUUUACAACGUGCUAAGUUUUCCAUCAAUCUGAUCUCAAAUUCAUCCCUGCUAGCAGUACUUACACUCAUGUAUCUUACAUGUUUCAGCUCAGGAUGUGAGAGUUUCAAGUGCCUUUUCCAUUAAGAAAUGAUUUGAGGAAAAGAAGGUAUGAGGGAAGGAAGUAAUCUCAAUUGACCACAUCAAUUACAGACUCAGCUGUACAGCAGUGCUACCACCAGCACAGUGUAUUCUGUCCUUGUACAUUCUUCUCUUGAAACUGAAAGCCUCUGAUUGAAAAUGUUGAUCUUUUCACAAAGAUACAUGGCCUGCUAUUACUUUCUCUCACCAUACCACGUGUAUGUAUUGCAUUACUUCUCAUCAGAAGGUUGCCUCAGGUUAUUGUACA